CAGCACUCUCCCUCGUCCUCGCGUUCAAGGUUGUCCACGUCGGCUGUCUCACUGCCGCCACCGCGCCUUCAUGGGGGCACGUGGAUGAAAGAUCAUGACCCGCAGUUGUGCAUGUUAAGAGCACGGGAAGAUCGUUUCUCUCUCUCAUCCUCGCGUUCGUGGCCGGUGCUGCUGUCGACUUCGUUCGUGAUCCGUACGAAGGGACAAGGAAGAAGAUGAGCGACGAAGUGGUAGGAAGAGGAGGAUCCGUACGAAGGGACGAGGAAGAAGAUGAGCGACGAAGUGGUAGGAAGAGGAGGAUNGAGGAAGAAGAUGAGCGACGAAGUGGUAGGAAGAGGAGGAUCCGUACGAAGGGACGAGGAAGAAGAUGAGCGACGAAGUGGUAGGAAGAGGAGGAGGAGGGGAAGAAGCCAGAGAACAAUAUUGGAACACGCGUGGCAAAGAUUGCGAGAAGACGAGAUGCAAUGAGAGAAGUGUGACCGUUGAUGCUGGCAGAGUGGCAGAAUCUAGGGCUAGCUGAUCGAGAGCUUCCGAGAUCGCUGGAGGUGCUGCAUUGGCGACGAUUUUAAAGAGAUUUCCUAGUGCGGAAACUAUAAAGGUCGUCCGCGUGGCGCGUACGACGUUUGAGAGAGAGAGAGAGAGAGAGAGAGAGAGAGAGAGAGGUGACUCCGGCGUAAGGUACAUUGCGUACUCAGGUGUUAUUGAAUCGGCGAACGCUGUGCAAAUUUACAUCUUCACAGUUUUGCUUCGUUUUCCGGACCGUCUAUCGCUGGGAUCGAGAGAAUGGAGUGUCCCGGAAGGAGUUGGUUUCCGUCGUUAUGACGUUCCAUGUCUUCUGGCGUCGACGGCGGCGGUGGCGGCGGUCGAAGGUUAAUCCCGUUGACGUGUUCGGCAGUGACAGCACCGCCGGCUCUCGGGUCCAUCGCUAUUAACCAGUAGCAGGUAACGACAGCAGGCGAGGGCAUCCCUCCGUUGUGUGCUCGUGCGACAUUGAUUAAUAGGCUUUUCCGAUAUAGCGCUGCUUCCUCCGCCUGUGGUAGGAAUCUGGCCCGGCUGUGUGUCUCAAUUAGUUAGCAUGGUGGGUGGAAGGUAAGGAGAUGGAGUGGGAGUUGCGGUCUUCUUUUUCUCCAUUUGUCGAGAUAAGACUACUUGCACGUUUUAGGGGUUCUGUGGAAGAGAAGAAGAGGUGGGUAGUAGGGGGAAUUGCGUGUGGGUACUUCUACAUGGAAUAGGUGGUGGUGGAAGGUGUUGGGAGGAGGUGGUGUGUUGGGAGGAGGUGGGACAUGACGAGAACGAGGACCCUGGUUCUUGUGCGCGGGUUUUGCGGUGGCAUCGGCGGCUUGCCGGCGCAGGUUCAGGGGCCCUGCCGUGCGCGGUGAGUGCGGAGUCGUAACAUCGCGGCCGACGGAGUGUCGUGAAUGACGCUCGAGAAGAUUACGGCCGAUGAGAGACUAUCUCUAUCACGAGGUAAUUCAGAGAUCGUACGCUUAGGCGCGAUGACGCUCAAACUGGGCGGUACACGAUGGGUCACUGCGGUGACCCUUCUCUCCGUUCUGGGUAUCGUUCUGCUCACGUUCUCGUCCUACUCCUCUAUCCACGGGCACUGCACACUCGAGGAGUGCAGGAGGAGGGUUCAUGGCGACAUCUCCCGUUUCCCGUCGAAUACGGAUUUUGCAGCCGAUCCCGUCGAGCGGAGGUCGUAUCGGAAGUGCGAGUGCAAUUGUGACGAAGUUGUAAGAAGAAGAGCAGAUGCUCAAGCCAAGGAAGGUCGUCAAGGCGCCGGCGGUGAUCGUGUCCGCAAGGAUUCCAGUUCUCAGCUGCAAGAAGGUGCCACCACCGAUUUGAGCAGAGAUCAGCGUGACGCCCCUGUAGCGUACCACCCCCAAACUACUGUCAACUCUUCUUCUUCGGUGUUGUCUGGGUCUGGAAAACGAGUCGGCGGCGGUCGAGAACAGCUAAAGGUGUACGUGUAUUCGCUGCCAAGAAAUGUGAACAUGGCGCUGACAUUAGAGAUGUAUAACCGUCGAUUCAGUAAUCGGUUGUACAUGCACGCAGCGGAGUUCUGGAUCAUUACAGAUCUGACGAGAAGGGUGGAGGCGUCGUCGGAGUCUAGAGCUGUGAGGGUGGAAACGCCAGAGGAAGCGGAUGUGGUCUUGGUUCCCUUCUUAGGGUCGCAGUCUUUCGAGCACUGCAGAGCAGACGCGCUGAACAUGCACCGAUUCGUUUGCAGGAACGUGAGGGACGAAGACAGGCAGGAACAACUUUAUCAGUGGCUCGUAGAACAGCCAGCCUUUAAGAGAUCCGGCGGCUACGACCACGUGUACGUUGCUUCUCAUCCGUUGGCAUUGGCGGCUGUGCGACGACGUCUCCGCCAGGGUAUCUUCCUUUCUGUCGAUUUCGGUUAUUACUGUGCCGACGAGGUGUCCAUGGCCAAAGAUGUCGUUAUACCUUAUCAGCAUGUGGUGCCGAGUAUGACGAAAGAAGAGAUCGAGCAGGCGUUGGAAAGCACGACGAGCCGCCGCCGGAUGAGCCUCGUCUCCUCCUCGCGGUUCCUUAACGCUUCCGUCGGCCUUGGCGGCGGCGUCGGCGCGAAUGCGCCUGGUGUACAAGGGACUGCAGCUUUUGUACCUCCGCUUUCGCACGCUUUGCUGUACUUCUGCGGCGAAGUCCUCCGGCAUAAUGCCGGCAUUGUGCGGUUCAAGAUGUGGAAGCUGCUGAAGGAUGAGCCGGAUGUCCUCUGGGUCAAUACGCAAUGGAACGACUACUUCACACCGAAGCAGGCGCUCGAGAUCUCCGGGAUGCGGAUGAGGGCGUCGGAGUUUUGCCUGUCUCCGGCGGGCGACUCGCCCACGUCCGCCAGGCUGUUCGACGCGCUGCAGAGCCUCUGCAUCCCGGUCGUCGUGUCCGAUCACAUGGAGUACCCAUUCGAGAGGGGGUUGAAUUGGUCGGAGAUCGUAAUCAUGGUGAAGGAGAGCGACGCCAUCAAGCCAGGGUUCCUGGUAAAGCUGCUCAGGGGGAUCGGCGACGAGCAGCGGCUGACCAUGAGACGACGCAUUGCGCAGCUACUGCCGCACUUCGUGUACGGACACUCAUGGGUGGAGCCACGUGGCGCUGUCAACAUGAUCUGGGAAGAGAUCAGUCAGAAAUUGCCUGUCAUCGAGUUACAGAGGAAAAGACACAUGCGCGGCUUGGACUCUGUGCGGACGCUCGAUAUGAAAGAGAAGCUGGCAGAGCCGGGGUGCAAGUAUCAGGAUGAUCCAGAGGCAGAGGCUGAGCUUGUUCAGGCGAGGGCGGAGUUUCAGCGAUUGAAGGAGCAGCAGCAAUAACACAGCAUCACCAGCCACGGGRGGGGGGGGGGGGGGGGGRGCGGGGGGGGRGGGGAGGGAUGCGUAAUUCUCAUCGAUCGCGGAUACUACUAGGAACCUUUAACGUCAAAUAAUAUAGAAAGAAGUUUCACAUCAGCCGCCGCCGACGCGCGAUUUGAUGUCGUCAUUCGACUGAUCGGACCUGCUCUGUGCUGGUAGGAGCUGUCAAAACUCAUCAUCCAUUCGCUGUCCAUUUUCUCUCUCUCCCUCUCUCUCUCUCUCUCUCUCUCUUUCAUCCUCCCUCUCUCUCUCUCUCUCUCUCUCUCUCUCUCGCUAGCGCAUGUGUUUCAUCAUUUAUUCAAUUAAUUAUUGUGAGAGGCCAUCUUGUUAACGGUGAGCUUUGAAAUGAGAGCUGCAUUCGUUUUCGUCUUCCUCGCUCGAUUGAUCGUUAUCCCGGUUUCGGUUUCGGUCAUACAGUAACUUCCAAGUGAGACAUCAUGUCCGUAAAUAAAGAGAGACCGCUUCUUGCGGGUGCAUCUCGCCGUCUUUGUCUCCCAUUUGACGGAAUUUCCCCUCAUCAUUAGGUGUUUCAUUGAUUGGAGCCACGUGCUGCGGCUCGACACGCUCUCGCUAUUCUGCGUCAUCGUACGUCGUUCCUGGGGAUGUCUGCCACAACGACCACAGGCGGUCCACAGGCGGGCCAGUCAGUAGUGCAACGAUAUGGACUGGAAAAAGUCGUGGGGGGCAUACUGACACGGCUACUUUCUGCAGUGUUAUUUGACGUAACCUAGGAUCGAGUCUUUGUAUUUGUUUGAGUAGACGUAGACCUUGAGUUGCCUCGCGCAAUACACCGUCCUGAGAACACUUGCAGCCAAGUGUUAACUACGUGUCUCGUUAACUGGCGGCAUGAAAUCGUUGUGGGGCUGGUUGAUGACCUUGUCGUUCAUAUACACAAGGCAUACAACUUGCUCUUCGGGAUGUCAAUGUAAGGAUCACGAAUACAAGCUGCACGCUUGGAGACCACAUCUCUCUCUCUCUCUCUGUUUCUCUUUCUCUCUCUCUCUGUUUCUCUUUCUCUCUGUCUCUCUCUGUGUGUCUGUCACGUGUGCGCGCAUGCUUGUCCCCCCCCUCUCCGCGUCCGCGGUUUUCAAUCGUCGGUUGCGCACUCCGCUUUACGUCGUUGUUGCUUCUUUUGGCCUGUUUUACGCGUUACGAGGGAUGGUAAAUUACGUAGGACGGUCAGUAGGUACUACUUUGUUUGUCUUUCCAGUUGAUUGAAGUUUUUUGCACUUCGCUCUGUGGGCAAUGUACGGGGAGAGAAUUUUGCAUCGAAGACGAUGAUUGCGAAUGGAUGGAUGGAUGGAUGGAUGGAUGGGUGAUGAUGAUAAAGAAGGGAGAGGAGUGUGUGUCGCCGAGAGUGUGCGAAUUUAGGGUUCCGUUCUAAGCAUUCGGCUCUGAGGAGGUACUCCGUCCGAGUGACAGACGCGGCCCGAACAUCUGCUGGUCCACCUUGGGAGUGUUUUCGCUUUUUCUGUCUGUCUUAGAGGGCAGAGCACACAGCUCAGCGAUGGCAGGAUGGAAAACGGCAAUACUUAAAAUGAUGACCACGCAGUGGAUGUCGCCAGCAUGGGAAUGUCUUUUUCGCCGCCCUUCUUUUUCUCCUGCUCCCGGUAUCAUACGGGCGCAGCGAUAAUCAUGGCCUUGGAAGUAGUGAGAAAAUUGCCGACAAACAGACCAUCUGGGUGAUUCUCCCGAAAGAGCUACCCUCUUAACCCUCUUUGCGUUCACUUUGACACGCAAGGCGUGUGCUCGACUCUGUUGAUGACGACUUCAGGUGAGUGGAGUGCGAUGAAGAGGAGGGGGAGCGAGCAACGGACUGACUAAUCAUUCUUGAAAUGAAUUGUCUAUUGGUUG